UCUAAUUUGUUCCAAUUUGGAUUGCAAAAAGCAAUCGAAAUUUUUGUCUUCUUACUUCCAUUCCCUCUCCGCCUUCGACACACCACACUCCAAAGUCGAUACUCCUUUUUCCGUCACCACCCCGCACCGGUACCGUAGUUUGCGGCAUUCAACAUCAGGUUUAUUUUUCGAUAUGGAUUCGGUCGAAAAAAAGAGGGACGAGGAAGAUUGGGAGUUUACUGAUAAGAGGAAACAACAAAGGCCACGGAAGUAUGUGAAUGGUGGCGGCGAUGAGGGUGAAGGCGAGGCUGAAGGUGAACGUGAAGGUUCUGACGGAAGUGGAAGAAGGAAGCGUGGUGAUUAUGAUUCACGAUCGAAGGUGGCUGCAAAGAAUACAUUAGAGAAAUUGAGUAGUUUUUAUGAGGAUGGUGAGUUUGAUGGUGGGGAUAAAAUGCGUGAAAGUGGAAGAGAAUCGAGGGAUAAGAGCCGUGGUAAUUCGGAACAGGGGAAGAGUUCUAGAAGAAAGUGGGAUGAAGUUGAUGUUGUUAGUGUCAAGAAAGUGCAGGAGAGUGGUUCUGAGAAAGGUGAUGGCAAGAUUGGGAAGAGAAGUGAUUCUAGGGAGAGGAGUGGAUCUGGUAGGAAUGAACAUGGUAAAGAGGAUAGAAGAAGUGAUUCCGAGAGAGUUAAGAGUAAAGGGGAUGAUAGGGUUGAGAAGCCUAAGAGGCAUAGAACACCACCGACUGGUUUUGAUGUGGUUGAAACUGUGGAGAAGCCGGGAAAUGUAGAUGAGGAUGGCAGUGUGAGGGUUAGGGAUAAGAGUCUUAGAGAAACUGGGAACUCAGACAGAUCUAAGACGCCUGAGAAGAGUGGGAAGCGUCAUCAAGAUUCGGAGAAUUUCGAGAUGGAUCAUGAAAAAAGUGGCAGUCUUAAAAGGAAGGAAAUUGAGAAUGAUGGUGGUAAAGAUGAUAGGUCCAAAGGAGGAAAAGAUGAAACUUGGAGUAAUAGGAGGAAAGAUAGGGAAAGUUCUAAAGAUAAUUGGAAAAGGAGGCCGCAGAGUAAUAGUGAUAGAGAUUCAAAGAAUGAGGAUGGUGCUUUUGAUCACAACAGAGAAUGGGAGUUGCCGAGACACGGUUAUGAUAGGAUGGAUAACGAAAGGCCUCACGGUCGGGCCGGUGGUAGAAAAGAUGGAUUCAGGGGGGAAGCUGUGAAAACAACAACGAAGUUUGGAAUUUCAAAUGAUAAUUAUGAUGUGAUAGAGAUUCAGCCAAAGUUCGUUGAUUAUGGAAAAACAGAUUCUGGAUCCAACCUUGGCAAGAGAACUGAACCUAAUCAACAGAACAAUGCUAAAUCAGGCGGUAAUAAUGAAGAGCGGACACAUCAUCAGGAAGAACGAGGAAGAAAGAGUGACUCAUCUGGUUCUGUAGCACCUGGUGAAGAUCAGAAGGAGAGAUAUGGGGAUGAUGACUAUGAUUUUUAUGGGGGAAGAGGAAGGGGUCAAAGAGGUGUCGCAACUCCUCGCAGUACUGGUGGCUCGCAGUCUCAAUAUGGAAAUCAGGAUUCUGGAUCCUUUAACAGAGGUGGUCCACAAGGAAUAAAAGUGAAUAGGGUUGGUGUUAGAGGAGGAAGGAUUAGGCCUCCUGGGAGAGACAACCAGCAAGUUGGAAUGCAAUUGCCAAUGAUGGGAUCACCAUAUGGACCACUUGGCAUGCCUCCGCCUGGGCCAAUGCAGCCUCUCUCCCAUGGUAUGUCACCUGGUCCUCCAAUUUCCCCUGGAGUCUUCAUGUCACCAUUCAAUCCAUCUGUUUGGCCUGGACCUCGAGGUGUUGACAUGAAUAUGAUGGCUGUUCCACCGGUGUCUCCUGUGCCUCCAGGUCCAAGAUUUAAUGCUGCUAAUAUGGGAAACCCGCCAAAUCCUGCGAUGUAUUUUAACCAAUCAGGCCAUGGCAGGGGGAUUCCCCCAAGCAUUUCUAGUCCUGGUUUCAAUCAUACAGGGCCAAUGGGAAGAGGAACACAACCUGAUAAAACUCAAGGGGGAUGGGCUCCACCUAAAAGUAGUGGAAGUAUGGGUAAAGCUCCUUCUAGAGGUGAGCAGAACGAUUAUUCUCAGAAUUUUGUUGACACUGGUAUGCGGCCUCAGAAUUUCAUCAGGGAGCUUGAGCUGACGAAUGUUGUAGAGGACUAUCCUAAGCUUAGGGAGCUUAUACAGAAGAAGGAUGAGAUUGUGGAAAAAGCUGCAACAUCUCCCAUGUAUUACAAGUGUAAUCUGAAAGAGUUUGAACUGACUCCGGAGUUCUUUGGGACCAAGUUUGAUGUCAUUCUUGUGGAUCCCCCAUGGGAGGAGUAUGUGCACCGAGCCCCUGGUGUUGCUGAACACACGGAGUGCUGGACGUUUGAAGAAAUAAUGAACCUCAAGAUCGAGGCUAUAGCAGAUACUCCCUCUUUCAUCUUCCUUUGGGUGGGUGAUGGUGUAGGCCUUGAACAAGGCCGUCAAUGUUUAAAGAAGUGGGGAUUUCGUAGGUGUGAAGAUAUAUGUUGGGUGAAGACAAAUAAAAGUACUGCAACUCCAGGAUUGCGGCAUGAUUCACAUACUUUAUUCCAACAUUCAAAGGAACAUUGCUUGAUGGGCAUAAAAGGAACAGUUCGUCGAAGUACUGAUGGCCAUAUUAUCCACGCCAACAUUGACACGGAUGUAAUUAUAGCUGAAGAACCUCCUUAUGGUUCAACACAAAAGCCUGAAGAUAUGUAUAGGAUCGUUGAACACUUUGCCCUUGGAAGGAGGAGACUUGAACUAUUUGGUGAAGACCACAAUAUCCGGGCUGGCUGGCUGACACUUGGUAAAGAACUGUCGUCUUCAAAUUUUAAUAAGGAGGCAUAUGUAAAGAACUUCGGCGACAAAGAUGGGAAAGUUUGGCAGGGUGGUGGAGGAAGAAAUCCACCUCCAGAGGCACCUCAUUUAGUGGUGACUACUCCUGAUAUAGAGGCUCUUAGGCCAAAGUCCCCAAUGAAGAACCAGCAACAAAUGCAGCAGCAGCAAUCAGUAACCAUUUCUUUGACGUCAGGUAGCGGAUCAAACAGAAGGCCUUCUACACCGCAGAAUCCAAUUGCACUCGGUGUCAACCAAGACGCUUCUAGCUCAAACCCUUCUACACCAGCUCCUUGGGCUAAUUCACCUAUGGAGGGCUUUAAGGGACGUGAAGGCUCUGUAAUGCCUUCAGAUGAUAAAGUGUUUGAUAUGUAUGGGUUUAAUGGACCACCACCACCAGGCUAUCUAGAUUUCGAUACACUCAGACAAAUGAAUAUGUUGUAGCAUAACUUUCAGGAUAAAGUUGCGUUAUGUUUUGUAUAAUUUUUUUCCCUGCUAAUAUAAAUGGGAAGAAUAUUAUUCGCAAAAUGUCUGUUCAUUCUUUUGGUAGCGCCUGCGAUUAAGUUUUGUUGGAAAUAAAAUUAAGCGUUGGAUUACUGUAAAAUUGGUUACAUUGUGUAUUAUGUUAUCAAAUUGAAGCGAUAUAAGUUUUUAAUUCA